UGUUGCACGGCUCUAUUCUUUGAUAUCCAAGACUUCUUGAUUCACAUACAUCUCGAAACAAGAUGGUUUUACCAAACGAUGCUGAUCUGCUUAAUCCACCAACUGAGUUGGCGAAGAGGAAGCAUAAGCUCAAACGACUUGUUCAAUCUCCGAACUCUUUCUUCAUGGAUUUCAAGUUCCAGGGUUGUUUCAACAUAACAACCAUAUUCAGCCACUCUCAAACGGUGGUGGUGUGUGGAAACUGUCAGACGGUGUUGUGCCAGCCGAUUGGUGGUCGUGCAAGACUAACAGAAGGAUGUUCUUUUAGAAGGAAGGGAGACUGAUCCUAUUGCUUAC